AACGUCAGCAUGAAAAAUUAAGGGCAAUUUGGAAGCGGGAACCUGAUAACUUUGGGUUAGUUGGUAAUACUUUCGCUGGGGAACUCCACGCUAUGGCGGAAAGGAAGUCUUUAAAAGAGGUUUAUCCUCAGAAAUAUAGUUUGAAGCUGAUAUGCAGACUUCUUUAUUAUUCCGGCUUUGGCGAUUACUGGUAUGAGCCUAUGGAUAGGUCUGCUCUUGAGAAGAGGUUGUAUCCUAUAUGGGUAGUUAUAUCAAAUGGUUUUCUGGCUUUCGGGAUCUUCAACGAGUUCAUGGCGUACACAAGGGCCGAUCUCACUGAGAAGGAGAUGAAUGAUCUGAUGCAGCAUACGUUCGCACACUCAUCAGUUUACAGCAAAUUCGUCAUAAUAUACUUACAGCGGAAACGGAUUAGGGCAGUUUUGAAGAGAUUUGUUGAAGAAACCAGAUCCAUUUACUCUUCAAGUGAAAUAGACAAGGCUGCCACUAACAAGAGCUUCAGAUUUUGCUUCGCUAUGGGUUUCAUUCUCUUUGUCACUCUCACUUCCGCUGAAAUAGACGGCGUAAGAGCACAUUUUCAGGAAGACAUACCAAUACGGGGAGAAGUGAUAUACUACCCGUCGAAAAACCAAACAGGAAUUUUGGUCAAUCUAAUGCGGUUCUCUGCUGAGUUUCACUGGUACUAUCUUGUGGCCAUCAUGACAGUAGCAGACUCCCUCGCCAUAUGCUCCAUGAUCUACAUCGAGGCGAAGUUCAAACUCCUCCAAUUGUACUUCCAGAACCUUGGGAACACUUUGAAGGACGAGACGAAGAAUAUAACGGAGCGUGAGGAGGAAUAUAAGAAACGAUUCAUUGAUGGUAUUAGGCUGCAUGAGGAUGCGUUGUGGAGUGCCAACAGCAUCCAGUAUGCCCUGGGGACGAUCUACAGCGUACAAAUUUUCGAAAGCCUUAGUUUACUUGUUGUAUGUCUCAUUAAGUUGGUUGCAAGUGAACUGACUUUGUUACGUGUAAUAGCCAUUUUAGCAUACACUACUUGCAUGAUCACCCUGACUGGAACAUAUAUGAUAGCUGCUGGGGACAUUACGCACGAAGCGUCAAUGCUUUCGACAUCCAUUUUCCACUGCGGCUGGGAACUGUACCUAAAAAAGUCAGAGAUUCUACCUCUGGCCGUGGUAGCGAUACAAAGGAGUCAGGUUCCUGUGUACAUGACCGCUUUCGGCGUCAUAGAGUUGUCCUACGUCAACUUUAUCUCGGUGCUGAGAUCAUCAUAUUCAUUUUUUGCUGUCAUGUAUUAACGAGGCUUCGACUAGUUGACGGACUCAAAUAUAGAAAAAUGCAUCCUUAAAAUCAUUUUCAUUAAAUUUCUCGUGUUAAUUUAUCAUGUUAAAAAUAUAUACCUUGUUAUCUAGAUCUAAAUAUGCACCAGUUGUAACAAUAAGGAUAACCGAUAUAUGCUUAGUACCUAUGUUUUAAAUAGUUGUGUUAAAUCCCUAUAAUAAAUCAAUUUAGAUACAAAAAAUUGCGUUAUAUUGUUUAAGACUUCAGAAAGGACGUAUUUUAAUGAGGUGUUCUACGAAUUGCACGUGAAGAAUAUACUAAAAUAAGCUCUGAAUGGAAAUAUUAAGUGCGUUAUUCGAGUUGUGGUGCGGAAUGCUUCCACUGGACGGCCAGAGAGUUUCAUAAAAAUUCAAUUAAUAACAUUCGAUAAUAAAGUAUCUGACAUAAGUUAUCCUUAAUUACCCAAUGGCGUUAUUUAUGUGAGAACUUUACGGUUUCCCCUCUAUUGUGAUCUUAAUUUCAAAAUUUUAUGUUCUCUCUAGCGAACCUAAAAUAUAUUAUGGACUAGCUUUUGUCCGCGGCUUCGC